AUGCCCCGGCACCCGGCGUGCCCGGGAGGGUUUCCUGCCACAGCCCUGCCGCUGGCUCGUCCCUUAGGUGGAGUUGCGAGCCCCUUUCGGAAGGCACCCAGGGAUCACCUACAGGCUGCGGGCCACAUCUGUGUUCUUAAGGAUGCUUUCAUGUACGGAAGUCCAGCUGAAAUAGCAGCUCUAACCUCCACAGACGAGUUUGACGCGGCCCUGGCCAUCCAUCUCUACAAGGGAGGCAGGCUUCUGCAAGGUAGCAGCAUUCCUUUUGGAAUCAUCUUUGGGGGUACAGAUGUAAAUGAAGAUGUCAGAUGUGAAGAGAAACAUCGGGUAAUGGGAGCAGUGCUCGGAGAAGCCAGGUUUGCAGUGGCUUUCACAAAGAAAAUGAAGGACCUGGCGGCAGCAGAGUGGCCACAUGCGAGGGAGAAAAUCUACGUCCAAGCUCAAGGCAUUAAGACCACUCCCAGGGAAACCUUCGACUGGCAUAGAUUUCUACACAGUGCAGACAUUCCUACAGAUGCGGGAGGUUUACACGUGUUUCUGUUGGUCUGCGGGCUUCGGCGAGUCAAAGACCCUCUGUAUUUAGUAGAUGCGUUUUCAGAUUGGCACAGAAAGGAUCCCGGUGUCCAUCUGGGCAUAAUUGGACCUGCCGUGGAUCCUCUUUUUACAAGUGAAGUUCAGGAAAAAGUGAAAAGGUCACCCGGGGUCCAUCUGCUGCAGGAGGUGCCACAAGAGGACCUUCAUGCUGCUAUGAAGAGGUGCUUUGCUGUGGUGAACAGCUCCAUUUCAGAGGGGAUGUCGGCUGUGAUCCUGGAGGCGAUGGAUUUAGAUGUUCCAGUGCUGGCAAGGAACAUUCCUGGGAAUGCAGCCAUCAUAAGGCACAAGGAGACAGGACUGCUGUUUUCAGAUCCCCAGGAGUUUGUUCUGCUGUCCAGGAGUUUGAUGAAUGACCCCAUUAUGGAAACGGAAAUUGUAACAAGGGCCAAAGACUACGUGAAGAAACAUCAUUCAUGGGAGAGUGAAAGAAAAGCCUAUCAGAACCUUGUCCUCAGACUCCAGUGA